GGGCCUUCGUUCUUAUCCUUUUCAAGAUAGUGGGUGGUGGAGAUGAGCUCAUUGGCAUUCUCUCUUGGGUAUUGCACUCCCAUAAAGCUCAGAACAUCGUCUGGUAGAUUAUUUGCAAGCAAUGUCAACAUAGUAGCUGAAUCAAGAAUCAAAAUCUUAAGCCACCAGCAAGAAAGCCCUUCUCCUCGACCACUGCAAAUAAAUGAAAACUCACCUUUGUUCGGGAGAAGAGAAGCAAUUGGUUUUGGCUUCUGCUUCAGCCUUCUUGAUGUAUUCUUGCAAGCACAACCCAGUGCAGCAGCCCAAACAGCUCCAUGUGAACUAACAGUGGCUCCUUCUGGUCUAGCCUUCUGUGAUAAAGUUGUGGGAACUGGCCCUGAGGCUGUCAAAGGACAGCUUAUUAAGGCACAUUAUGUGGGGAAAUUGGAAAGUGGGAAGGUCUUUGAUAGCAGCUAUGAUCGUGGAAAGCCUCUUACAUUUCGUAUUGGUGUGGGUGAGGUCAUUAGAGGCUGGGACCAGGGGAUUCUAGGAGGUGAUGGGGUUCCCCCCAUGCUUGCUGGUGGAAAACGCACAUUAAAGCUCCCCCCAGAGUUCGGGUAUGGCACAAGAGGUGCUGGCUGUAGAGGAGGUUCAUGUAUCAUACCUCCAGAUUCGGUUCUCCUGUUUGAUGUAGAGUUCAUCGGCAAGGCUUGAGAAGUAGGCCUCAUAAAUUCCAGGCUGAAGACCUCCUAACAUGUAGGAAGGAGCUUCUCCCUCCUCCAUUCAAGACCUUCCUUUAAGAAUACAAGGCAGGGGAAGACAUCUAUCAGAACCAACUCUAUUGAUUUAUAUGCAUUUACAUGUUCUUUUGUUCCUAUAGUCCAUAAUGUAUUGGUGUGAUUUUUAGAUGAUGUCCUUUGUCAAUACAAUGUGUUUACAAUUCACUGAUGCUAUAGACAUAAUAGUUUUUUUUAAUUA